UUGGUCACCAAUAUUUUUGGUAGCCUUGGAGUUGGUUGGGUGACACCUUUCACCGUGUCAAUUCAACUACCACAACGACAUCAAUUUAUUUUGUCUUCUAAUCCCACCAUUUAGAAAAACAAAGGUACAAAAGUUUCUGUAAUCUUUGUAACUUUGUUUCGGACUACUUAGAAAGAGAGAUGGCACUGAUUAGGAAAAUCUACGAUAGAACACCAAGAGCAUGCGUUUUGGCCAAUGUCUCAAAACCCCAGAAUCCCAAAUCUGUAUAUUCAGUUCCAUUUAGAUCAAAUCUCAAAGGAAGUUUUUCUUGUUCUUGCGGAUUGGUUUUGAAGAGCAAUGGCAAGUUAGGGACAGUUAAGGUUGGGUCUUUUAAGGUUUCUGCUUCAAUGGCAACAGCAGAGAAGCCAUCAAGAGCAUCAGAAAUCGUGCUUCAACCAAUUAAUGAAAUUUCGGGUACGGUCAAGUUGCCCGGUUCCAAAUCACUCUCCAAUCGGAUUCUGCUUCUCGCUGCUCUAUCUGAGGGAACUACUGUGGUAGACAAUCUGUUGAAUAGUGAUGAUGUUCAUCAUAUGCUUGUUGCUUUGGGAAAACUUGGGCUACAUGUUGAACAUGACAGUGAAAAGAAACGAGCCAUUGUGCAAGGUUGUGGUGGUCAUUUUCCAGUGGGGAAUGGGGAAGGUCAAGAAAUUGAGCUUUUCCUUGGGAAUGCUGGAACUGCAAUGCGACCGCUUACUCCUGCUGUUACUGCUGCCGGUGGCAAUUCAAGCUACAUACUUGAUGGUGUACCCCGAAUGAGAGAGAGACCUAUUGGGGACUUAAUUACUGGUCUUAAGCAGCUGGGUGCAGAUGUUGAGUGCACUCUUGGCACUAAUUGUCCCCCUGUUCAUAUAAAUGGAAAGGGUGGUCUUCCUGGGGGAAAGGUGAAACUCUCAGGAUCCAUCAGUAGUCAAUACUUGACUGCUUUACUCAUGGCAGCUCCUUUAGCUCUUGGGGAUGUGGAAAUUGAGAUAAUUGAUAAGUUAAUUUCAAUCCCUUAUGUUGAAAUGACUAUAAAGUUGAUGGAAAGGUUUGGAGUCACUGUGGAGCACACAGAUAGCUGGGAUCGAUUUUUGAUAAAAGGAGGUCAAAAGUACAAGUCUCCUGGAAAUGCUUAUGUUGAAGGUGAUGCUUCAAGUGCUAGUUACUUCCUUGCUGGUGCAGCAGUCACUGGCGGCACUGUCACAGUAGAAGGAUGUGGUACAAGUAGUUUACAGGGUGAUGUAAAAUUUGCUGAGGUUCUGGAGAAGAUGGGUGCCAAAGUCACCUGGACUGAGAACAGCGUCACUGUUACCGGACCACCAAGAAAUCCCUCUGGAAGGAAACACCUGUGUGCCAUUGAUGUUAACAUGAACAAAAUGCCAGAUGUUGCCAUGACUCUUGCUGUUGUUGCCAUUUAUGCUGAUGGUCCUACUGCCAUAAGAGAUGUGGCAAGUUGGAGGGUUAAAGAGACUGAAAGGAUGAUUGCUAUAUGCACAGAACUGAGGAAGCUUGGAGCAACAGUUGAAGAAGGACUGGAUUAUUGUGUGAUCACUCCCCCGGAGAAACUAAAUGUGACAGCAAUUGAUACUUACGAUGACCAUCGAAUGGCCAUGGCUUUCUCGCUUGCUGCCUGUGGCAAAGUUCCAGUUACCAUCAAGGAUCCUGGUUGCACACGGAAAACCUUCCCCGACUAUUUUGAAGUUCUGGAGAGGGUUACAAAGCAUUAAACACCUUUUAUAGUGGAGGAUAUGUUGCCAGUGUCUAAAAUCAUAGACCGAAAGCAGUUGAACCUUGUUCUUGAGAUCUACUUUGUAUUCUUGGAGAAUCUGGAGUUGGUUAUUUUCUUUCUAGUUUUGAUGACUUAGUAUCUGAUCCCUGUCCUGAAGACUGUAAUAUUAAGCAAUACGGUUCUAUAGAGGAUUGAUUCUUUUUGAGAAA